AUGAAUCGAAACAUUGCUCCUUCUAAAAUGUUCGACCGAAAAGCUCGGCGUAACGAAAAGGCUAGACAAAGAUAUGCCUCUUUAACUGAGGAGCAGAAAGAAAUCCAACGACAAAAACGCCGUGAUGCCUAUAAAAGUAAAAAUAAAAAGACAAAGACUACUUUUACGUCUUCAUUAGUAUUGAGACGAAAAGAUGAUGAGCACACCAGUAAUAAGCAACUGUUACAGCAGGCUUUUCGCAUUUGUGAACCUAACUGUGGUCAUAAGCACCACCGUGAGGCAGUUCUUGGAGACAAAGCUGAUAGUAAUCGAAGGCAGAAGGAGCAUGUUUCAGAAUUUUCAACAUAUCACAAAGGUUCUACUUCUACAGCUCGACGGAUAAAGAAGUGUCAGCAUUCUAAAGUGACGCAAUCUUCAGACCAACCACCCAUCUGCAACUCCUGCUAUAGCUUGCUUUCUGAAGCAAUGGAGGAUCUAACAGUUAAAAGCUAUGGGGAAGACCAAAAUGCUUCGAUUAGGAAACAAAACAAGGUACGCAAACAACGUAAAAGGGUGGUGAAGGGAAUCGAGGCAUUAUCUUCGAUAAGCUUGGAAGCUGAUAGAUUACCAGAACAACAGAAUUGCAAGUACUGCGGAGCUAAAAAAUUUUAUUCUGAGUCUGCAAACUUUUGUUGCUCUGAUGGAGAAGUAGUCUUAGAAGAGAAUAAAAUGCCAGACAUAUUAAUAGAGCUAUUUACUAGUGAAACUGAAGAAGCAAUUUGUUUCAGAACCUAUGUAAGAACAUACAAUAGUAUGUUUGCUUUCACCUCUUUCGGAGUUAACUAUGAUAAAUCGCUUUGCCAAAGAAGAAACGGAAUAUAUACUUUUAAAAUUCAGGGCCAAAUGUAUCAUUUUAUAAAUCAAUUGAUUCCCCAUGAAGGAUCAGGAAUGUUUUUGCAGUUAUACUUUCAUGAUACUGAACAUGAAAUCGCAAAUCGAUUGGCUUUUUCAACAAAACUAACUGAGAGCAUAGUGGUGAAACUCAUGGAACUCAUGAAAAGUAACCCUUAUGCUUGCUUUUUCCGAAGCCUGAGACAUGUUCCAGACUUGGACAAUUAUCAAAUAGUCCUAAAAUCUUACUGUCAAACUGAUCAGCGAGUCUUUAACAAGCCAACAGUAUCCCAAGUAGCUGCACUGUGGGUUGAAGGUGAAAACUCACAGGACAGCUAUGCUAGACACAUUCAAGUAUACACAAAAGAGGGUCACAGUCGUAGAAUUCAAUAUUACUAUGGCUGUUAUGAUCCAUUGCAGUAUCCACUUCUAUUUCCCUUUGGCGAAACAGGGUGGCAACCUGGAAUUCAGAGAUCUGGCACUGCUUUCAAAAACUUUGAGAAUUCAAAGGAGAAUGUGUCCAUGCGUGAAUACUAUGCAUAUAGGUUCCAGAUGAGGGAGAAAAAUAAACCAAAUAUUCUUAAUACUGCCCGUGCAUUUCAACAGUAUGUAGUGGACAUGUACGUAAAAAUUGAGAGUCAAAGGCUUGAUUUUUUCCGGCAUAGGCAACAACAAAUUAGGACUGAGCAAUUACAGGGUGUCAUGGAUUCUGUAGUUGAGGGCCAAUGUAGAGGUUCAAAAGUAGGGCAACGAGUAAUUUUGCCAGCAUCUUUUAUAGGAGGCCCGUGUGAUAUGAAAAGAAGGUAUGUUGAUGCUAUGGCCUUAGUUCAAAAAUUCGGAAAACCUAACAUUUUUUUAACAAUGACUUGUAACCCAUCAUGGCCAGAAAUCAAAGAAAACUUACUGCCCACUGAUGAGUCUCAAAACCGUGUUGAUCUUUCUGCUAGAGUUUUUCAUGCCAAGUUAGAAAUUUUAAAAGAAGAGUUGUUUAAGAAAGAGGUAUUGGGUAAAGUAGCUGCUUACACCUAUGUUGUUGAAUUCCCAAAAUGGGGGUUGCCGCAUGCACAUUUCUUAAUAAUUUUACACCCAACGUCUAAAUUAUAUUCAACGGAAUCCUAUGAUCACAUUGUUUCUGCUGAGAUUCCUGACAAGAAAGAGCAUCCACACUUGUUUAAAAUGGUUCGCAAACACAUGAUACAUGGUCCUUGUGGCAAUAAAAAUGCAGAUAACGUGUGUAUGCAAGGUACAACUGUUAAAAAAUGCAAAACUCAUUAUCCUAAACAGUGGGCAGAAAAGACUACACAAUCUGAAAAUUCUUAUCCAACAUAUAGGCGGAGGAACAAUGGAGAAAAGGUAAAAGUUCGAGGCCAUGAAUUGGAUAAUAGAUGGGUGGUUCCAUAUAAUCCUUACUUGUUAGCAAAAUUCAAUUGCCAUAUGAAUGUUGAAAUUUGCUCAACAAUAAAGGUAGUCAAGCAUACUUAUAAGUACAUAUAUAAGGGACAUGAUAAAAUACACUUUGCUGUGAAUUCAGAUGACAGAUCUAAAGAGAUAGAUGAAAUUAAGGAGUACCAAUCAGCAAGAUGGGUUACUCCUAUUGAAGCCAUUUGGCGAAUUUACAGAUUUCCCUUAUUUGAAACACAUCCUGGUGUCAUUAACCUUCAGCUACAUCUUGAAAAUUAUCAAUCUCUGACCUUCAAAGAUGAUGCUGAUCUUAGAGAUCUUUUGAAAAGUAAAUUUGCUAAGAAAAGUAUGCUAACUGAAUUUUUCCUUAUGAAUGCUACUGAUGAGAGAGCCAAAACAUUGAAAUGCACAUACAAAGAAUUUCCUGAACAUUUUGUGUGGAAACCUGGUAAACGCAUAUGGGAUAUUAGGCAGCAGAGAGGUUCAAUAGGCCGAAUUGUUACAGCAAAUCCAAGUGAGGGCGAGAGGUACUUCUUAAGAUUAUUGUUAUUGAAUGUAAAAGGGCCAACAUCAUUUGAUGACCUGAAAACUGUCGAUGGUGUUUAUGUUAAUACCUUUAGAGAAGCAGUAAUAAUGAGAGGAUUAUUUGAAUCCAAUAACCCUCAAGAGCAGUGCCUAGAAGAAGCAGCUUUAUACCACAUGCCAUAUAGCUUUAGAAGACUAUUUGCUACUCUAUUAGUUUACUUCACUCCUGCUGAUCCAAGAAGUUUAUGGUUAAAAUUCAAAGAAUCUCUGUCAGAAGAUUUCAAUAGAACUUUGAAUUUGUCAAGCGAUCAGGUACAACAUAAAGUUCUCUAUGAGAUUAGCAAGUUUUUAGAAUCAAUGGGAAAAAACAUUAAUAUGUAUGGAUUAGUACCACGAAUCUUAAAGUUUGAUGAACUGGAUGGAGGUACAAGAGACACAAAUUCUGAGCUAAACUUUAAAGUCAAUGUAGAAGAUAUUGCUGCUAUCUCUAAAUUAAAUAAAGAUCAAAAAGUAGCAUUUGAUACUAUCAUAGAUGCUGUUUUUGUACACUGCAAAGGGAGUUUCUUUAUUGAUGGGCCUGGGGGAACAGGGAAAACAUUCUUGUACCGUGCACUACUAGCUGCAAUUAGAUCAAAGGGAUGUAUAGCUUUGGCAACGGCCUCUUGUGGAGUAGCUGCUUCUAUCUUACUUGGAGGUAGAACAGCCCACUCACGAUUUAAAAUUCCUUUAGACAUGAAUCCUAACAACAUGUGCAAAGCAAGCAAACAAAGCUCAUUGGCAAAGUUAUUACAGCAAGCCAAAUUGAUCAUUUGGGAUGAAGCGCCUAUGACACAUAGAGCAGGAAUUGAGGGAGUAGAUCGUUUGCUUAGAGACCUAAUGGAUAACUCUGAAUUAUUUGGGUCAAAAGUGAUGGUAUUUGGUGGUGAUUUUAGGCAAGUUCUUCCAGUAGUUGUAAAAGGGUCAAAAUCAGACUUUAUCGAAGCUAGCCUUAUAAAAUCUUAUAUUUGGCCUCAUCUGCAGAAAUUAAAAUUGAAGGAAAACAUGAGAGCAAGAUUAGAUCCUGAUUUUAGCAACUACCUUCUUCGCAUAGAUCAGAUCAAUGAAAAGCUGAUACAGGAAUUUCUCGGAACCCCAUUUGACUACUUAAGCAGAGAUAAAUGUUUAGAUAAUUCGCAGCAAGCAAUUCUAGAGGACUUCAUGAAUAGCCACACUCCAAAUGGUUUUCCUCCACAUCGAUUGACAUUGAAAGAAAAUGCACCAAUAAUGUUGUUGAGAAACAUUGACCCACCAGAAGGUCUAUGUAAUGGAACAAGACUUCUAUGCAAAUCACUUAAACACAAUAUUAUAGAUGCAGUCAUAAGUUCUGGCGAAUUUGCUGGCAAGCAAGUAUUUCUACAUAGAAUUUGCUUUCGUGUUGAAAAUGACCCUAAUUCUCCUCUAUCUUUUGAACGAAUGCAAUUUCCUAUAAGACUUUGUUUUGCAAUGACCAUUAAUAAAGCUCAAGGGCAAACUUUAGAUUAUGUUGGCAUUUAUUUGCGAGAACCUGUUUUUUCACAUGGUCAACCGUAUGUUGCAUUAUCUAGAGCUAAAAAUAGCAAAUCUGUUAAAAUUUUGAUCACGCCUCCUAUAUAUGAUUCAAGUUUAGAUUAUGUGACUCCUAAUAUAGUUUACAAGGACGUAUUGCAGCUAUCUUGUCAAUAA